AUAGAUAGACAGGGAAGGAGGCACAGCUGCUGUAGUGUGCAUAAUUUUUCCACCGACGCCAGAUCGACAGAGCGUCUGGUAGGGAUCGCCACCGUUAUCGCCAUCGCCGCCGCCGACUUUGAAUCCUGGCCUUAUCCAUAUCCAGUCACGUCUACGGAGGGAGAGAAAUGACGUCGUCUGCAGGCGGGAUGUACAUGGCUUUCUCUCCCUCUCCCUCGGCUCCUCACUCUCCUCAUCUUCCUGGUCUUCGUUCUCCGUCCUCUGUAUCUGCGGCUGCCGCUGCUCUACUCGAGCAAGAGAAGUAUCUCUCUGAGUUAUUGGCAGAGCGACAGAAACUUGGUCCAUUUCUGCCUGUGCUGCCUAUUAGUUAUCGCUUGCUGAACCAAGAAAUAUUGCGUGUAACUACACUAUUGGGGAAGGCAUCAGUUUUAGGUCAAAGUGGGCUUGAACAUGCCAGCCCCCUGGCUUCUGGAGGAAUAUUUUCAAAUGGAGGUGCUGACAUGAAUGGAUGGACGUCACGGUUUCAAUCAGAAAUGUCAAGUUUAUUACAAUCCUCACCAGCACAAAAUUGGCUAAGUUCCCACGGUAGUUCAUCAGGCCUUAUUGUGAAGAAAACCAUCAGAGUGGACGUUCCUGUUGACAACUAUCCCAAUUAUAACUUUGUUGGCCGCCUCCUUGGUCCUAGGGGAAACUCUCUCAAGCGAGUGGAGGCAAGUACUGAUUGUCGAGUUUUGAUUAGAGGGCGUGGUAGCAUUAAGGAUCCAGCUAGGGAAGAAAUGAUGAGAGGAAAACCGGGUUAUGAGCAUUUGAACGAGCCUCUCCACAUCCUAGUUGAGGCAGAGUUGCCAGUUGAAAUUAUUGAUGCUCGCCUUAUGCAAGCCCGUGAGAUUCUCGAGGACUUGCUCAAACCAAUGGAUGAAUCUCACGAUUUCUACAAGAAGCAACAGCUACGAGAGCUAGCUAUGCUUAAUGGCACACUUCGUGAGGAGGGUUCGCCCAUGUCCAGUUCCGUGUCUCCCUUCCACAAUAGCCUCGGAAUGAAGAGAGCCAAAACUAGGGGGUAAAUAAACUGCUCCUUUAUAGAAAAGGCUUUUGGAGAUUGUUUUCUAGUGUCUGGGAGUAAUCAGCAGUCCCAUUCCAAGGUAUUGCCUGCAGCCAAUGCCUUCAACUGCAAUCGGGGCACUCGCACGCUUACGUGCAGGUUCUUACUAAAAUUUAUAUGGUGUGUUUAUGUAAUAUUUGGAAAGAGAAGAUAAUGUACUGACAUGGAAAUGUCAAGCAGUUAAGAAUUAUUAGCGAGUGGGGGGGCUUGCUUAUAUAUAUAUAUAUAUAUAUAUAUAUAUUUGUUGCUUUAGGAGUCAAUGGUUUGAAAAAUCUCUCCAACAAUUUAAUGUGUGUUGUUUACUAGGCCUUUUUUUUAAUAAGGUUAUUAUGGAAGUUCUGAAUAUUUUGUAGGGUGGUGGGUUCUUUUGGGACUUUAGAAAGACAAAAGGCUAAGGCUUGUAAGGCAAUGUGAUGCACAGGAAACAUUGGUUUAUUAAGUUUGUCUUUUGUUUCAGUUCGUGCGCUUUGUAAUAGGCGUAGUAGCAUUACCCCCCGUCCCGAAAAACAUUCUUUAUUAUUUUUUUAUUUCUUUCUUUCUUAUAUGGUCUAGAGAUCGAAAAGCUUUGUCUAUUUGCCUUCUAAGAUCUGUAUUAUCAUUAUUAA